GUGGAGAACAAUUAUUGAACAAUGGCGAUUAGGGUUGUUAGAAUUGUGCAUUUGUGCUUAGCAUGGCUUCUAAUGUCUUCCAUUCUGCUCAAAACUGCAGAUUGCCUUGGGUGGAAGAAAAGACUUCCAAAGCCCUGCAAAAAUAUGGUAUUGUAUUUUCAUGAUAUCAUCUACAAUGGUGAAAAUAGUGAUAAUGCAACUUCUGCAUUGAUAGCAGCUCCUCAAGGCUCUAAUCUCACCAUUUUGAGAGAACAAAACCAUUUUGGAGAUUUGGCUGUGUUUAAUGACCCAAUUACUUUGGACAAUAAUCUGCAUUCUCCUCCCGUGGGAAGAGCUCAGGGAUUUUAUCUUUAUGACAUGAAAAAUUUCUUCAGUGCAUGGCUUGGUUUUACAUUUGUUCUGAAUUGCACAGAUUAUAGAGGGACUAUGACAUUUGCUGGUUCAGAUCCUGCACUUAAGCACAGAGAUAUUUCUGUGGUUGGAGGGACGGGUGAUUUCUUAAUGGCCAGAGGAAUUGCCACCCUUUCUACUGAUGCUCUCGAGGACAGCGUUUAUUUUCGCCUGCGAGUGAAUAUUACACUCUAUGAUUGUUACUGAAACUCGUUACGUAACUUUGCAUUGCAUGUUUGCAUGUUUGCAUGAUUUGUGUGCGUUUGACUAAUAAUUUUUUGGGUUCGUGUAACUCCAGUCACAAGAUUUGGAGAUGAUGAAUUAGGGAGGGAAGGAUUAUUGAUUUUGGGUCUUUCCAAUAACAAGAUCUGAAGAUUAGAUAAUAAUGGCCGCCCAAUGUACUUCACAGAUGUGCAGAAGGGAGCUUGAGUUUUUUCUAACUCUCCUCGUUUGAUCUUAUGGAUUUCAUUAAAAAAAAUUGUUUGAAUGUUCAAAUUUCUGUAACUUUUAAGAGACUAUAUUUUUUAGUCCGUUUUAA